CGGGGACCGUAAUUCUAUUUAAAAUUUUAAGUUGUGUAAAGCAAAAUAAAGUAAAUUUGAAAAAAGAAAUGAAGGGCUCGAGUUCCACUGCCACAACCUGGCCCUGGGUGGAGAGUCCUUUGGCAAAACGGCCCCACCCUUCUCGAAUAAAAUUUGUCUUCACAUCACUUCACGUGCCCACGCACACAACUCCAUUCCUCUUUCUCUGCACCUAUCCCAAUAACCUAGGCAGCAGGAACUCCAUUCCUCUUUCUCUGCAACUACCCCAAGAACCUAGGCAGCAGCGAAGCAAAGCCAAGCCAUGGCACAAAUCUUUUUCUCAGAUCUCUCUCGUCCUUGCUUCUUUUGAUGACUCUAGCGUCAACAACAUUAUCAACAACUCUCCCCUCACUCAAAAAAUCCUCCAUGCCUCCACUACCACUUCUGGGUUUUAUUUUUCUAUUACUUUCUGAUGCUGCUUCAGUAUCUGCUCACUCCUGUCACUCUAUAUCUUCUUCUUCUUCUUCUUCAUGCCCUCCAUUCAAGUCCACUCCUCCUUUUCCUUUCUCUUCUUCACCAGGUUGUGGUCACCCUGCUUUCCACCUCAAAUGCUCAACACCUUACUCCACUAUCUCCAUUGCCAACCUCUCUUUUACUCUUCGUAGCUACGACCCCAACUCCUCCACUCUCCUCCUCUCUCCCCAACCCUCACCGACAACCAUUGGAGCUAUCACAUCUCUCGAUAAUUGUUCUUCUCUUCAUUUCCUCUCCAUUCCCAGUCGAUCUAUCAAUUUCUCUGCCUCCCCAUUUCGAGUCUCUGAUUCUUCCUGCUCUCGAAUCUCUGUUCUCCGCGCCUGUUCCCCUCUCAAGCUCCCUAAUUGCAGUCAUUGUCCUUGGGAUUGCAAGCUAAUAAAGGACCCUCUUCGCCUCAUCCACGGCUGUGGAAUCACUCACAGCCCUCUCUCGCCACAAGGAUGCCAGAGCGAUGUUGUUGGAUACCUUGACGAGUACUUGAGACGCGGCAUUGAAGUGGAGUUUGAUGUGGCUCAAGACUCCUACUUCUCCAGCUGCAGAGAUUGCCAGGUCAAGAAUGGUGUUUGUGGAUUCAAUGAUACUGACCCAAGUAAGCAAUUUAUUUGUUUCCCGUCCAAGUCCAGGUUUUCCCCUCCAUGGAUUCGCGAAGAGAAUCCCAAUCUAGUAGCGAUUCUAUGCACAAUCUUUGCGUUGGCGUGUUUGUUGAUUGCAGUUGCUGUGGGUGCUACAAUUUUCCGAUCCAGACGUGUAAAUUCAUUGGCGAUAGAAGAGGAUCCCACCACCGUCUUUCUGCGCCGUCACCGCUCUGCGAGUCUUCUACCUCCCGUAUUCACCUACGAGGAGCUUGAAGCCUCCACCAAUAAAUUUGACCCGAAACGCAAAUUGGGUGAUGGCGGAUUCGGGUCCGUUUACCUGGGUCAGCUCACAGACGGUCGAAUUGUUGCAGUGAAGUACCUCCACACGAACAAGCAUGCCGCCACCGCCAAUGGCAGAGCCUUCUCCGCCAAGUCAUUCUGCAACGAAAUCUUGAUUUUGUCUUCAAUUAAUCACCAGAAUCUGGUUAGACUUCAUGGGUAUUGCAGCGACGCGAGAGGGCUGCUUCUGGUGUACGAUUACGUCCCUAAUGGCACACUCGCAGACCAUCUCCACGGCCCAAAGAGCGUAUACCGUAAAGGGUCUUUAACAUGGCAAGUGAGGUUCGACAUUGCUUUUCAAAUUGCCUUAGCUGUAGAGUACUUGCAUUUCGCCGUGAAACCACCGAUAGUCCACAGAGACAUUACGUCAUCGAACAUUUUUGUUGAGAAAGAUAUGAGAGUGAAGGUUGGGGAUUUCGGGCUUUCAAGACUACUGGUUUUCCCCGAAACGUCUGGGUUCGUUUGGACCGGACCUCAGGGUACGCCCGGGUAUUUGGAUCCGGACUAUCAUAGUUCGUUCCGGUUGACGGAGAAGAGUGACGUGUACAGUUUCGGAGUCGUGUUGCUGGAGCUGAUAACGGGACUCAAAGCAGUGGAUCAGAAUCGGGACAAGAGUAACAUAGCCUUGGCGGAUCUGGUGGUAACCAAGAUCCAGAUGGGUCUGCUCCAUCAGGUCGUGGACCCAGUUUUGGAGGACUCCAUAGAGGUAGUGGAAGCGGUGGCUGAAUUGGCUUUCCGGUGCGUGGCGGCGGAGAAGGACGACCGGCCACACUCCAAGGAGGUGGUGGAGGAGCUUAGGCGGAUCCGGGGCCGAACCCGAGGGUUGCGGGGGACGAUUUCGAAUUUGGGUGGUGACGUGGCAAAUGUUUGAUCAUUGAUGGGGUCGAUGUGGGGCUCACGUGCACAUGUGGGUUGACUUUGAGUCAGUAGUCUGUCAGUUGCCUUUGAUAGAAUGUAAAUUAGAUUUCUUUGCUUUGCACAAUGUUUUACACUUUUACUGUUAUUUUUUUUUUUUAACUUUUACUAUCACGAGGAACUAAAAAUGUAAUAAUAUUAUUGUACAUAUAGCCAAUGUAUCAUCACCACAUUAUGUUCCAUUACAUGUGGAUUUGUCUUUUUAAACCGAUCA